AUGAAAAGCAAGCGAUCAUCAUUAUUUAGAAUACUACUAUCUUCAGGUUUAAUGGAAGGUUUGAAAAACGAAAUAACGCCUAAUUCUUUCUUUUGCUCGUUAAUCCGUUCUUUCUUUCUUUCUUUCUUUCUUUCUUUCUUUCGUUCUUUCUUUCUUUCUUUCUUUCUUUCAGAAUCGUCCAUCGUAUUUCUUUCUUUCUUUCUUUUUUUCUUUUUUUCUUUCGUCCGUUCCUUCGUUCAUUCAUCCUUUUUCAUUCUUUCUUUCUUUCUUUCUUUCUUUCUUUCAGAAUCGUCCAUCGUAUUUCUUUCUUUCUUUUUUUCUUUUUUUCUUUCGUCCGUUCCUUCGUUCAUUCAUCCUUUUUCUUUCUUUCUUUCUUUCAGAAUCGUCCAUCGUAUUUCUUUCUUUCUUUUUUUUUCUUUCGUCCGUUCCUUCGUUCAUUCAUCCUCCUUCGUUCUUUCUUUCUUUCUUUCUUUCUUUCUUUCUUUCAGAAUCGUCCAUCGUAUUUCUUUUUUUCUUUUUUUCUUUCGUCCGUUCCUUCGUUCAUUCAUCCUCCUUCUUUCUUUCUUUCUUUCUUUCUUUCUUUCUUUCUUUCUUUCUUUCUUUCAGAAUCGUCCAUCGUAUUUCUUUCUUUCUUUUUUUCUUUUUUUCUUUCGUCCGUUUCUUCGUUCAUUCAUCCUCCUUUCUUUCUUUCUUUCUUUCUUUCUUUCUUUCUUUCAGAAUCGUCCAUCAUAUUUCUUUCUUUCUUUUUUUUUCUUUUUUUCUUUCGUCCGUUCCUUCGUUCAUUCAUCCUCCUUCUUUCUUUCUUUCUUUCUUUCUUUCUUUCUUUCUUUCUUUCAGAAUCGUCCAUCGUAUUUCUUUCUUUCUUUUUUGUUUGUUUGUUUCUUUUUUCUUUCUUCUUCCUUUCUUUCGUCCGUUCCUUCGUUCAUUUAUCCUCCUUCCUCCUUUCUUUCUUUCUUCCUUUCUUUUGUUCAAGAUUCAUCACUCAAUACAGAAAUAUUACAAAGAUUAAGUAUCUAUCUAUCUAUCUAUCUAUCUAUCUAUCUAUCUAUCUAUCAUCUCUCAGUUAAUCUAUCUAUCUAUCUAUCUAUCUAUCUAUCUAUCUAUCUAUCUAUCUAUCUAUCUAUCUGUUGA